AUGGACCUUUGGUCCUCCGUGGGAGAUGCAUCCAGCAACUCAGCAUAUGGAGGUCCCAAAGCUCCGCAGGCAGGGAAGAUAGGGGAAGAUAGGAGCCGGGGUCAGUGGCACGGCGAGACGGCAGACGGCACUCGGUCACCGGAGUCGUUGGUGCCUGGUGAGGACAAAAGAGAGAAGAUCGUGGAGAAAGGUCCCAUGAAAAUCGAUGCUGCACCUGUGCCCGGAGUCAUGGAUGCCAUUAACCAGACGUUGAAGAAGCAAAAGGAGGCGAAGAAGGAGGAACACAGGCGCCGGGACUCCGCGUGGACCCACCGGAAGAAGCCACAGGGCUUGGACGUUUUUUUCUGCAGCAGGUUGGAAGCAGAGAAGAAGGCCAAAGCCAUGAAAGCCUUGAGAAGGGAAGAGGAAAUCAAAGAUGAAGAAGACGACACAUACCAGAUCCUAGACGACAAGGGCCUUGGUAACUUUAUGGUCCGAACGCCCAGAACGGACAAGAUGGAGGUCAUGGACAUCAUGAAAAACACCGUGAAGACUGCGGCCUCCCAAGCCGGAUCACGGGUCUCUUCGCGCACUGUCAUCGGCGACAAGCUCUUCACGAACAAGGAACUCAAAUUCGACUCCUUGGGCGGCAUGAAGGCGGUUAAAGGUUUCAUCUACGUGAGAGGUGAGACCGAGAAUGAACAGAGUGGAACUACCUGGAAGGAGCCCGGGGUGAAGCUCACACUGCAGCGCCCUGCGACGGUGUACGUCGCUCUGAGCAAGUCUCCCAACGAGACGGUCUCAGAGACGGACUGCGCCUUGCCACUUGGGAGACCAGUUGCGUUGCUGAACGCCGCGGAGCCGGAGUUCUCCGACGACGUGGCGCCCGUGGCGGAGAUCAAGAGAAAGGAGCGCCACGUCGGUCGCGGGGUUCGCGGUUUGGUCCGCGGGGUCUUCAAAGACCCCGACAAUCGGCACAUCGAAGUGCCGCGCCCGCCUGCCGGGCUGGAGACCUGCUUAGUCUUCGUUGGGGUCGUGCCCGAUUUCCAUGCGCCGGUCUUCGGCGAGGUGCUGUUGACGGCCGGAAGCGAUGCCUUCUUGGAUGAUGUUUUGUUCAAGACCCCCACGUUGUUCAACUGGUUUGCUUCCAAGAAAGCCUUUCCGAAGCUUGUGUUCAACAUUCAGGGAGAGCAGGGAAGUCAAGCAGUAGCACUGCGAAGGAACGCUGAGUACAAGAACGAAGAUGACGAGCCCGUUGGUGGCCUCCACGCUUUUACCAUCACCUUGGAGGCCAACACCCACUUCGGAUGGCCGACGACCGGGGUGGGCGGCAAGCUGGAGCCCCCGACGGCGGGCGACGCCUUCGUGUGCAACAACUUCACGCUCUCAGCGCCGAAGCAAACGCUCUUCGACAAUGCGAGCGUCACCAUUGUUCAGGGCCACAGAUAUGGCAUUCUGGGGCCCAAUGGGCAGGCGCAGCUCGGGGCUGCAAGCGGGCGCGAGCGGGGGAAGACCACCUUGCUUCGGCACAUCGCUGCGCGAGAGAUGCCCGUGCCUUUGAACUGGGACGUGAUCCUCGUGGAGCAGGAAGCGAAGGCCACGGAGCGAUCGGCGGUGGAAGAGGUCUUGGCGGCGGAUCUGAAGGCAGCGGAGUUGAUCAAGAGGGAAGCAGAGCUUCUACAGAAGCUGGAGGAUAUGGAAGAAGCCAUGGAAAAGGGUCAGGAGAUCAGCGCAGAGGAGGUGGAGAGGACACGCCUUGAUCUCGAGAAUACUUCAGCGGAACUCGAGGCGAUCGGUGCAGAUUCCGCGGAAGCUCGAGUGAGGAAGAUCCUUUGUGGUUUAGGCUUCACCAACGGCGCGCCAGAUGAGGAUCGCUUCUCCAUGGACAGGCCGGUCGUGCAGUUCUCGGGCGGCUGGCGAAUGCGCAUCAGCUUGGCGAAGGCGCUAUUCUUACAGCCAAAGUUGCUCAUGCUGGAUGAGCCAACCAACCACUUGGAUUUGGAUGCAGUGCUGCUCCCAGUCUUGUGGUUGGACAACUACCUCUCGGAGCAGUAUCCACAUGCCGUGGUGGUGGUGUCCCACGAUGCCGACUUUCUGGACAAUAUUUGCACCCAUGGCAGAAGAUGGGACAAGAAGCUGAUUCACUAUCGCGGCGACUACACUGCCUUCAAGAAGAUGCACGAGCAGCAGAGAGCGACCAUGGACAAAGAAUACAAGAAGCAGCAGGAUGAGCUGAAGGCUUUGAAGAAGAAGGGGAUGACCAAGGAAGAAGCCGAAGCGAAGGUCAAGGAGAAGUUUAAGUUGAGCUCUCUGGACGAACAGCGCAAGGACUACAUCGUGAAGUUCAAGUUCAAAGGUCACGGCAUGGACCGAACCUUAGGUCUCAACGUCUCGGAGGUGGCCUUUAGCUACGACGGCAAGGAGCCUUGGCUCUUGGAGGAGGUGGAAAUCGGUGUGGACUGUGGCAGUCGCAUCGCCAUCGUGGGGCCCAACGGCGCAGGGAAGUCCACGAUCCUCAAUUUGAUGAUGCAACAGUUGGAGCCCUGCCUCGGCGAGGUCUCAGUGUCCAAAGGAAUUCGAGUGAAGCAGUAUCACCAGCACUUCGAAGAGCUUUUGCCCUUGGACAAGACGGGUGUGGACUAUUUGAAGGAUGCCUUCAACCUGAAGACGCCCGAGAAUGCACGCGCCGUGCUGGGUCAGUUCGGCUUGCCGGGUGGCUCACACUUCACGAAGAUUGGGAACUUGUCGGGUGGUCAAAAGGCUCGCGUGGCUUUUGCAGCUUUGAUGCUCAUGGAGCCUCACAUCAUUAUCCUUGAUGAACCCACAAAUCACCUGGACAUCGAAUCGGUGGAGGCUUUGACCACGGCCAUUUCCAAUUUCAAUGGUGGCUUGGUGCUGGUGAGCCACGAUGCGCGGCUCAUCACGGAGGUCGACUGUGAGCUUUGGGUCUGUGAAGAUGGCGGCUGCUACCGCUUUGAGAAGGACUUCGACGGCUACCGGGACAAGGUGCUCCGACAGCUGGAAGAACGGCAAGAGGAGGUCGAGCGCAUGGAGCAGAAGCGCCGUGAGGAGCGAGCCAAGAAGCGUGCGAAGCACUUGUCGGACGAGCAGUUGGCGAAAGCGAAGCAGAGAAAGGAAGGUGAGCUGGCCGAAGCUGCGAAGUUGAACCUGCAGGUGGUGAAAGACCAGAAAGAUGUAAAGAAGGCUGAAGUGAAAGAGAAAGUUGAGGAGCCGGAGGAGGAUGAGGAGGAGGACCCAGAGGCGGGAUGCCCGGCACCCGCAGACGUCGGUGCUGGCGGUGCGGGCGGCGGACCGAACCCGGCCGAGGAGCCGGAGCGAGAUGAGAAAGAGAAGGAGGGAGCAGAUGAGGAUGAACCGCAGGAGGUGCACACGGAAAAGAAGAAGACCAAAGGAGUCCCAGGAAAGGACAAGAAGCAUCCCAACUCAGGCAAAGCAGCCAAAGAAGAGAAGCCCGAAGCAGAAGAUGAAGGAGAACACGAAGCUCCAGAAGCCACGAAGGAGCCAGCUGACAAGCCCAGCAAGUAUACCGUGGCAAAGGUCAAGAGUGUUGAGGUCGUGAAGAAGAAGAAAGGGUCUUUCCUGGUGGAGCUGGAAACGGGCUCCGGCACUGUGCCUGUGGUGACGCACUACGAGCACCUGGAAGAAGGGCAGUUGGUGAUCUUUGCUCCCGAAGGCUCCUUCGUUCAGGGGAAGGAGGUGAAGAGACAGAAGGUCGCAGGUGAAUCAGUGGCGGGCAUGAUUUGUGGACCUUCCGAAUUGGGCUGGUCAGGGGAUGCAGCCAAGGCGGUGGUCCUUAACGGUCUGAAGGUGGGUGCCGCCGCUCCUUCCUCGGACCCGCACGGCUCCAAGAGCCAUGGGCAUGAUAAAAGCGUGCCACACCACAAGGAGGGGCACAAGGACAUGAAACAGAAGAAGCCAAAGGGAAAGGAUGCCAAGAAAGAAGAGGAGGAGGCCAAGGAGGAGGACCACGAAGAAGGUGAAGAGGUCCACAAGGAAAGGAAAAAGCCCAGGGCAAAGGACAAGAAGGCUGCAGGUGAGAAGGCACCUGAGGAAGCCAAGAAAGAAGAGAAAGUGGAGAAAGCCAAGGAGGAGGAACAAGAAGAGCCUGAUAACGUCGCCAAGGACUCGGGUGGUCAACAUGGUGAAUACAAAGUGGCCAAAGUGAAGAGUGUGGAGUCGAUGAAGAAGAAAAAGGGGUCCUUCUUUGUGGAGCUGGAGACCGCCAGCGGAGCUGCAAGUGUGGUGACCAGCUUCGACAAUUUGGAAGAAGGCCAGUUGGUGAUUUUCGCCCCCGAGGGCUCCAGCGUCCUGGGCAAAGAAGUGAAGCGGCAGAAGGUCGCGGGCGAAUGGGCAGCUGGAGCGAUUUGUGGACCGAUGGAAAUGGGCUGGGUCGGGGACGCUUCAAAGGCAGUCCUUCUGCCCAGCACGUACAAGGUCGGAGCUGCUGCUCCGGCAGAUGGUGUCUAA